GGAGAACCACAAACCCUAUCCCACGCGCACAACUAUCACACUCAUUCCACUAUCCCACCUUAUUUAUUGUCUUGUCCAAAUAACACAAACCCCGGACAGUAACCAACACGUCCGUGUACGAAGUGCGUGAAUUGCUGAAAAAUUCUGUUCCCUCUUUUGUGCUCCUUAAAUCUUAAACUCACACAGACUCUCUCUUUGCUUACAAUUUCAGUGUUAAGUACAAUUUCAUAUAACCAUGGAAACCUCGAUGCAUAACGAAUUCAAACCUUACAAUGCUGCCACUCGCGCUGCUCACUCGCACCAUCAAGGUAUGAUGACCUUCUUCUGGGGCCACAAAACCGAGAUCCUUUUUCCGGGUUGGCCCGGAAAUGACUCGGGUAUGUACGCUUUAGCCUUGAUUUUUGUCUUUGUUCUAGCUGUGCUCGUUGAGUGGCUCUCUUAUUGCGACCUUGUAAAGCCUGGGACAAACAACGUCACAGCAGGGCUGGUGAAAACGGCAAUCUAUACGCUCCGUUCUGGGCUGACUUACAUGGUGAUGCUCGCCGUGAUGUCGUUUAACGGCGGCGUUUUUCUUGUCGCCGUCGCUGGACACGCCGUGGGGUAUGUGAUUUUCCGGAGUCAGGCUUUUAAGAAGUCCUCUGGGUCCUCUGGGCCUGGUUCUGACAGGCGGGCCGGAACCCAAACCAAUCUUCCUUCAACGAAAUGCUGAUGUAAUAUCUGGGGUUUUGGGUUUGGUGUGUGUGUUUUUAAGUUUCUGAAACAAGUUUGUUUCAAUAAAUCGUUGGUUUAGAAAAAGAGAGUGAAAGAUUAUUGUGUUCUUCUAAUCCGUUUUUUUCUCUUUCAUUAUUUUGGAUAAGGCUUUUGGGAUUAAAUACCCUCAUCUAUCAGAGUUUGAAAGGACUUAGGAUCACGGGAUGGAAAAUGUCGGGCUUAGACUCCGCUGGUUUGGUUCAACUGAAAAUGUAAUAAUUGAUACAUUUAAUUUUUUUAAUAACAUGAUGAAUUCUUUUUGCUAUUAA